AUGACUUAUUAUUCACGUUUCGUCACAAGUGAAUUGGAACGAUUCAAAUCAAAUAACAGUCUCAAAAUCAUUUAUUAUUACAUAACCUGCACUUCGGAGAAUAAUUUCUUUCGGAUUAUUUCGAAUCAAACAAAAACAAAAAAAGAAAUGUCUGAAGAAAUUUUAUUGAAUUUGUUCUCUAGACUGGAUAAAAGUGGUGAUGGUAUACUCUCAAAAGAAGAAUUAAAACAAGGAUUACGAUCAUCGGGAGUUACAGAGAACGCAGUAAAUAAACUUAUAGAAAAGCUCGAUUUAAAUUUUGACAAUAAUAUUACAUAUGAAGAAUAUAUACAAGCUAUACGUCAUGAAAAUAAAUAA